AUGGCGACCGAAUUGACUGUCCAGAGCGAGCGCGCUUUCCAGAAGCAGCCACACGUCUUCACCAACCAGAAGGUGAAGAGCCGUAAGACACCAAAGGUCGGAAAGGGUGGCCGGAGAUGGUACAAGGACGUCGGUCUAGGCUUCAAGACCCCAAAGACCGCCAUUGAGGGCAGCUACAUUGACAAGAAGUGCCCAUUCACCGGUCUCGUCUCCAUCCGUGGCCGUAUCCUCACUGGCACCGUCGUCUCUGUCAAGAUGCACCGCACACUCGUCAUCCGCCGCGAGUACCUUCACUUCGUCCCCAAGUAUUCCCGUUACGAGAAGCGCCACAAGAAUCUCGCCGCACACGUUUCGCCUGCCUUCCGUGUGUCCGAGGGUGACAUCGUCACUGUUGGCCAAUGCCGGCCGCUCAGCAAGACUGUCCGCUUCAACGUUCUGCGCGUCCUGCCAAGAACCGGCAAAGCCGUUAAGCAGUUCAACAAGUUCUAA